AUGUACAGAUACAACAGAAAAGCACAGCAAAACGUGACAAACAAACCAAAGUCCAAUGAAGGAAGCAACAAUUCAAAGACGUCGUCCGCAUCUUCUGGACCUCCCUCAUCGGCAUCGUCUGCGUCUUCAUCGCAUCAGAAAAGACAACAACCGAAGAGUGAUUCGGAUUCGAAGAGUGAAAAGUCUUUGAAAAACCCUCCACCACGAAAACGGGUUCAACCAACUCUCAUUCAUGCCCCAAAAACGAGAUCUCCUGAUCGAGAUAAACGAAAAACAGUGCAGAAUGUUGGGAGAGGAGUUGUCAAUCGAAUGCCAUUCACCCCAAACAAAAAACAACAACAAUCCACGUCGACUCCUCCAACAUCCGAAAUGUGGAAAAAGUCCGAGUUGAGAAGCGACCGUAUCGACAGUGAAUUUGAAAAAUCGGCGAUCAAAUCGAAAUCCAAAGGGCGUCUUUCAAAUUCAGAGAGUGGAAGUAACGAAUCAGUUCAUUCAAAUCUAAAGAAACCAAAUCAACAGAAGGUAGCACCCGCGAGAAUAAUCAAAAGUGAUCGAUCGUUAAUUGGAUUAGAUGGAGAGACAGAGCAGCCAGACCAUCCGAGAACUGGUAGAAGUCGUUCGGCACAAAGAAGACAAUCUUAUGACUCUCCAAGUUCUCGCAGGGACAAAUCAAUGGAGGAUAGUGUGUCCGAGACAAAGGAGUCUAUUUCUUUGGCUGAUGACGAAGAAGCGAAAGACGAAUAUCGAAAGUUGUUCCGAGAAUUAGCAAUGAACACUCAGAAACUAACAUUGGAUGAUUUGAAAGAUGAAUUCAGUCAACUUCCUGGAGAUCCACCAGUUGAACAAUGCUCUGUGUUCAAUAUGCCUGUUAACAACAAGAAGAAUCGUUUUUACAAUAUUCCGUGCCUCGACAGUUCUCGUGUUCGUCUCACAUUCAUGGCAAACAAAACUAUUCCAUCCACAGAUUACAUUCACGCAAAUUACAUCAGAAGUCCCUUUUUGAAACGUGGAUAUAUUCUAACUCAAGGGCCAAAAAAGGAGACAAUUGCUGAUUUCUGGCGAAUGGUUUGGCAAGAGAGAUCUAAUGCAAUAGUCAUGUUGUGCCAGUUCGUGGAGACAAAUCGGGAAAAAUGUGUUGAGUAUUUUCCAAGAAAUGCCAAUUGUUCACUUCGAUUUGAUAAACUAAUUGUGACAUUCGAAGAAGCUAUCGUUAACAAAAGUGUUGUUUCAACUCGUUUGAAUUUGUCUUAUGAAGGAGAAUCCCGUUUGAUCACUCAUCUUCAAUGGAAAGAAUGGCCAGAUUAUCAAGUUCCUGGAUCUUCAGAAGUCAUGCUCAAAAUUCUCCGAAAAAUUCGAGCAAGAACCACUACACCCAUUAUUCAUUGUGCUGCCGGAGUUGGAAGAUCUGGAACAUUAGUUGCUAUUGAAAUCGCUUUGCAAUGUAUUAAUACUCAUUUUAAACUUCCUGAUAUCAAGCAGAUAGUGACGGAUCUUCGUCUUUACGGGCGUGCAACUUCUGUACAAACUCUUCAACAAUACAUGCUCAUCUGGAAAGUUCUUCUUGAUUUUGGAGUCUCAAAUAAAUUGAUUUCGGAGGAAUUAACCACCACAUUUGCAUCCACAUACCGUCAAUCUCUUCGUAAAGUCAAUAUGUCUUGA